AUGGGAGAUAUCCCAAAAUAUGGUCAUGCUGAAAGUGGCACUCCUCCGGGAACACCACCCACUUUAAGACAGGGUCAUGUUUCUCAUGAUGACGAAAACAGCAACAAUUCUGUUGAGGAGGCUCUAAGAAGCUCCGGUUCGGUUGAGGAAAAUGCUAUAACUCCGGAAGGUGUCGAUGGCUUCCCAGCACAACCUCUAAUGAAUCCUGCUCCGGAUAUCCAAACGAUAUCUGGAGACUCUGCCAGAAUAGCUGAUGCCGUUAUUGACAGAGUUACUCUAGAAGUAAUCAGCAGAUUAAAUCAGAGGUUCCCUGGUUUACUGGAACCAAGCACCCCAGCCGCUUUUCUUUUGCCGUCCGACAGAGGAGCAAACAGCAUGCUCAGACAGAGAUUAGAUCAAGUGGAAGAGAUGCUGAGAUCUAAUGAAGCAGCGACUGCAACUCUGAGGUCAGCCGUGGCAGCAGCAGAAGGAGUGCUUCAAAAGAACUUAGAGUUAGAAAACGCUACUAUUAGACGUCUAGAGGUAAAUCACUCACAGCCCAACAAUUCAUUAACUCCGAAUAGCUCGACUCCUCUGAAUAAUACUAAUCUAGCAACCCGAAUACCAAAUAAUUCGGAUAUAUUAGAUGACACAAACAUUAAUUUUCAAAAUGUAGUACAACCAGUUUCAAUUAACACUGUGAGAGAAUCAGUUACUGAAAAUUCUUUUGACGUCAAUAAAGAAUUAUCUGAAUCUAUAGGCGCGUUAGCACACUCAAUUGCGAAAAACAAUAAUGUAGCGAAAGAUAAUUUUAAACGUGAAUACAAAUUAACUAGAAACAUGAACCUAAACAUUUGGUUUGACUAUUUGAAUUCUGAAUUAGAAGCCAGAGAUCUUUUAGAUGUAAUAGAUCCUUCAACAUCUUGUGCUAAGCCAUAUGAUACAUUUGAAAAGUCUAGAAGAAACAAAAUAGUAAGAGACAUAAUUAUCAAUCAUUUAGAAGAAGAUUAUCAUAAGAAAAUUUUAGAUGUUAAAGAUCCUAUUGCUAUUUUGUCAAUAAUAAAAGAUGCAAAGAAACUUGAGAAUAACGUCUCUGAAGUAACAGUAAGAGCUAAACUCUAUUCCAUGAAAAUAGGUAGAAGCGAAAAGGUCGAUAAAUUUUGUGACAGGUUUAAUGCUAUAAUAAAAGAGUCAGAACUUUGUGGAAGGGAAUUACCUCUUACCGAGGCUGAAAAAAGAUGUGCAUUUUAUCAGGCUGUAAAAGACGAAUUCCCAGGACUUAGCAUUGCGUAUUCGAUCAAAAAGGCAAAUCCGGAAAACAGUAACAUGACUUUAGAUGAAAUAAAAUCUAUCGUGUUGCAGUUAGAAGCAGAUGCACAUAGAAGACAGCUAGAAGCUAGAGGUCAGGCAAACGUAGCAGACGCGGCUCAGACUGCUUUUGGCCACCGUGGUGGCACUGAUGCCUGCUGGCGGUGUAAUAAGCAUGGACAUGCAAAAGAUGACUGCCCACUCAUUACAACAAAUGAGUGGUUCUGUUAUGUUUGCCGAAGGAUAGCUUCUCACAACGGAAGAAACUGUCCGAACAAUGGGCGAGGCAAUUCUGGAUCUAGAGGGUACGUAAAUAAUAUUUAUAGAGGUAAUUACAAAAAGGGUCAAAGUUCAGAGGGAGUCGGCUACAACGGAGUUUUUAGAGGAAGAGGCAAUAAUAAUAAUAACAGAGGUAGAAAUAGUAAUAAUCGAGGUAAAAACAAUAAAGGAAACAGAGGCGGGAGUAUAUUUAGAGGUAAAAGUCGAUCUUUUAAAUCCAACGCUAGACCAUACACCCCGCACAAUCAACAUCAGAAUAACGCCAAAACUGCAGCAGCACAUGCAGCGAUUCAAGGUAAGAGUAAUACUCAUACCUCAACUCAUAAUAUAAGUUUCCUGGCUGAUUCCGGUGCAACAGAACAUAUAAUAAAUAAAGGCUUUAUUCUAUCCAACUUUAAGGAAUGUCCUGGGGCGGUUAUUAGAAGUGCGAAUAAAAAUAGUACUGCUGAUAUUAAAAUAGAUGGAAAAGGAGACCUUGUUCUAGAAAAACUUGAUAGUCAGGGUAAAAUUGUUGUACUGCCAAACGUUCUAGCUGCGGAAAAUAUUAGUGAAAAUCUAAUGUCGCUUAGAAAGUUUGUUGAUGCAGGCUUUAGUAUAUAUUUAGAUGAUCGAAUUUUGAAGGUUUUUGACAAAGAAACAAAUCAUGUGUAUUUGUCAGGCGUUUAUAAUAAACCAAAUUGGAUAAUUUCACUAAGUAUUAAGAGUCCCGUUGAUGUUCUAGAGGAAAAAUAUCAUAGUUAUAGAUGUAACGCGAGAAUGAUCACUCUUGAUGAAGCCCCUGAGGAAACUCCUGUUAAAUCAUCUAACGUGUUAGACGAAAAUAACCAAAAUAAAAAUAUAGAUGCUGAACUUGAGAGGGAGUGCAUUGUGGAGGAAAUCAAUUCUAGUUCAACACUUAACAAUAAUCCGUCACUCAAACAUUUAAAUUGCAAAUUGGUGGACAUAGAUAGUUUAGAAGAUGCAGAUAAAAUAGAAAACCUAUUCACGUCAUUUGAAUUAGAAAAAUUACACACUGAAAAAUUAAACAAAGAAUUACAGAAAUUAGAUGUAAAUUUGAAAGGAAUAAAAUUCGACGAAAAUAUAAUGAACUGUGAGACCUGUAUCCUUGCAAAAUUGACGAAACUACCGUUUAAAGAAACAAGAACCAGAGCUACCAAACCACUUUAUAUGAUUCAUGCCGAUACCAUUGGUCCAAUCAAACCAAUUUCAUUCCCAGAUCAAUGUCGAUAUAUAAUAGUUUUUGUGGAUGACUGCACCAAAUUUGCAUUGGCCUAUUCGGUAAAACACAAGUCUGAGUCAGGAGGAAAGUUUUUAGAAGUAAUGAAAAGGGAGGGCAUAGAACCAAAUUUUUCUAGCCCACACACUCCACCACAUAAUGGUACCGCAGAAAGAUUUAAUAGAACCCUUAUUGAGAAAACCAGGUCAUUAAUGAUUGAUUCUGAUCUGCCUAAGAGUAUGUGGCCGUUUGCUGUGGAUGUAUCUAUAAACUUGUAUAAUAGAACUCCUAAUAAAUCAAUUGAUUUCAAGAUCCCUUUGAAGUUAAUAAAUCCUGAAAGCAAAUGCCACAUAGAUAAAAUUAGAAGGUUUGGAAGUAUUGCUUAUGCUGCGAAACACGCCCUUGAAACAAAAUUCUCAGCCAAAGCUAUUAAAGGUGUGCUGGAUAGUGAAUUAGAAGAUGUAAAAGAAAAUACAGUGCAUUUAUAUGGAGAUAAUUUAGAAAUAUUAGAAGUCGAAGAAAACAACUUUAAAAACCUACAACAGACAUUAAACCAAAACAUGGGAGUUGACAGUUCAGUCAUACCUGAAUCUAAAGAGAAUAAGAAGACCCGAUCUACGGAACAAACUAUAGGUGUAGAGCCCGUGAGAAAGCAACCGAAAAGAAAUGUAAAAACUGCCAAAGACUAUAAGGCCAUGGAUAAAGGAAUUCCUGAUGCUCGAAUGGUAGUAGAUACCAGCUUUGCGUUUUUAAGUAAAAUAGUAGACAUUGGCUCAGGAGAUAAAGAUGAGUCAGCAUUUGCUCUUUUAGCUGUUGUAAAUCAUGAUCCCAUUAGUUUUAAAGAAGCAAUGAGUAUGGAAGACAAAGGUGAAUGGCUUAUAGCAGUUAAAGAAGAGUUGAAAUCAAUGGAAAUAAACAAAGUUUGGAGUUUGGUGGACAGGCCAACAGUCUUGAAGAAUGGUAAACGAGCAAACGUUAUCGAUUCUAGAUGGGUAUUUAAGAAGAAAUUAGAUAAAUUACAUAUAUUGAACAGAAAAGGUAGGCUCGUUAUUAGAGGAUUUAUGGAUAAAAAUAAUUAUGAGCUCAGAGAAACAUAUGCACCAGUUUCUAGACUGCCGGUUAUAAGAGCAGCUCUAGCUGUUAUAAACAAGCUGGAUUUAGAAGUCCGCCAGUUAGACGUAAAAACAGCUUUCUUAAACGGUACUUUAGAUGAAGAUGAAGAAAUCUAUAUGGAAAUACCAGAGGGUUUAGAAGUAGAUGAAUUCACUAGAAAGACUAAAGUUUGUAGAUUACAUAAAGUACUGUAUGGUUUAAAAAUAAGUCCCAAGAAGUGGAAUGAACGGUUCACAGAAGAAGUAUUAAAACUGGGUUUGCAAAAGGAUAUUAAUGAGCCCUGCUUGUUUACUUAUAGAUAUAAAGGGAUUAUUGUUUUUCUAGUCUUGUAUGUGGAUGAUAUUAUUACGGCGAGCAAUUGUUCAAAGAAAUUAAAAGAAAUAAUAGAUCAUUUGAGCGGCGUCUUCCAAAUGAAAAAUUUGGGCGAACCAAAACAAUUCUUAGGUAUGACCAUAAAGAGAGAUAGAGGUAGCAAAAUAUUGAAAAUCAAUCAAACAGAGUAUGUUUACAAGGUGUUAGAAAGGUUUGGAAUGACUGAUUGUAAUCCACACGAAACACCUAUGGUCACUCGACAAGCUAGAAGCAAGAAAAUCAAUCAAGUUCAAGAUAAGACUAUGAGAAAAUUAGAUGUUCCAUAUAGAGAGGUCAUUGGAUGUAUUUCUUACCUGGCAAAUGCUUCACGACCGGAUAUCUCCUUUGCAGUAAAUUUCCUCUCGCGUAAGCAAUCUAAUCCCUCCGAGGAAGAUUGGUUAGACGUCAAACGAGUACUUAGGUACUUAAAGGGAACAGCUGAGUUAGGACUUACAUUUAGAAGUGAUGGUGACACUUUGGAAGCCUACUCUGAUUCAAGUUUUAAAGACUGGCCAGAUUCCACUUCCACUAGUGGCAUGGUCAUUUCAUUAUAUAAAGACACUGUUGCAUGGAGAAGUCAUAAACAAACUUUGGUAACUUCUUCAACCUGUGGGUCAGAGUAUUUGGCGAUGAGUGAGGUAUGCAAAGACAUCAUUUCGUUGGAUAAGGCAUUAAGAGAUAUAUUAGGCUACACCAUGUAUCCAGUUACUCUUUACUGUGAUAAUCAGUCUGCCAGAGAUUGUACCCAAAAGGAGGGUAGCCAUAAACUUAAAGAUUUUGAUGAUACUUUAGAAGAGAUUAAGAAACAUCUGGUUGAAAGGGAAAGAACUGGUGUUAAAAGAAAAUUGUCUGAUACUCAUGGAGAUUUCGUGAAGCAGUGUGUUUUAGAAGGUAAAGUCAGUAUUAGAGGGGUAUCUACACAUGAUAAUGUUGCUGAUAUAUUUACUAAGCCACUUUCUCUUCAGCCCUUUAGAAAAUACAGAAAUAUAUUGCUGAACCAUUACAACUGA